GUAUUUUAAGAGAAGAGUACAACAACCAAAAGGACGAGCACAAAGAGAUUGUGCUAGUAAGAAGCAAGUGAAUUCGAAUUCUGUGUUGAAUACUUAGCCUUUGUGAACUUCUCAAAAGAGCUGCAGCAUGAUAUUCUCUGCUUACCAUAAGACAAAUUCUCUACUCUACAUUGUGGAUCCCUCCGAUACUAACAGUUUUAUUACGGUAGAAAUCAGUCAUAAUUCGCACGUCCUGUCCGUAUUGGACUUAUCGUGUUCGUUUCUUCUAAGGCUAGGCCCUGUUACGAUUGAAGGAAGAUGAGUGACAUAUUCGUCGCUCCUGCAAUCAUCAGCGACGAUGACGCAAGAAAGCUUCCAAGCCUUAUUGAGUCCGCUGUCGACAAGCGGCAACCAUCUUACACUUUACAGCAGUUGAAUCAGUUAAUAUUAUAUCGUCCUGAAGAUGUAGAUCUCGAUCCACUUGCGAUCGUACCACUGCUACUACCGAGUUCCUUGGAGGGCGCUGAGAUACUCCUCGAGACUGUUGGCUCAAGAUGUAGUCCGAGGGAAGCUUUGAUAGCCAUUCAAGAAGCUGUUGAAAGACUCGAGAGAGCCGCCGAUGAUGAGGAGGAUACAGAGAACGACGCUGAUAACGUUCUCUUGGCUGCUGCGCAAAUCGUGCGUAUCAUUCAGUUAUACGCCAUUGUGUUACCUCGGCUGGAAAAAAGGAAGAAGACCGCCAGUGAGAUCCUGCGACCUUUGAUAUCUCAAGUCCAAGGCACGGUCUCUGCUGUCAGUCAACACACUGAUGUGGAUGCUCAGAAUCUGGUAUGGUCACUGUCAGGUCUCACAGGCGCCAUCCGUGGGUGGGUUGGAAAUGAUCCUGAAGAACAAGGAGUGGUCGCGGUUAUCCUCUGCGAUUUCCUCCGUGAGAUUGUGCAGAGCAAUGCCAACAGUCUACGUGCUGGACUGAUCGCAAGAGCCUUUGAGAGACAGUACCCUAAUCUCAGAAUGCCAAUAUGGUCUAUAGAAGGUCCUUCCGAGGUCCAGAACGCUGCAGUAGUGUCGAAUGUCUUGGAUGCCCUGAGCGAUCUCGGCUUGUCAAUCAAUACACUAACGUCUCAGCCUUCGAUAAGCUCCUUGAUCCUGAUCGCUCACUCGUCGCAGCCGAACAUGAAUUUGAAGACUCUCGGAUCCUUUUUGCCCAUUAUAUUGGGUUCGAUGCAGAGCAAUGCAGCGCUCGAUGAGACUUUGUCCGUUCUCCUUGAAUCGCUAGGUCCUCUUCGGAACGUGUCACCUCGUCCCGAACUAUCUGUUGACCUAGUAGUACCUCUUGUCCAUGUUCUGGCACCAUUGGCUGGUGUGCAUCCGGACCCCACCACGCGACAUGCCACAUAUCGUAUCCUUUCCCUCGUGCUCUCCCUUGCCCCUUCACUUGUCCGUCUGAAGCUCCUCAAGGAUCUCGUUACAGAUGACGACGAGUCGAUGCAGAAGAUGAGUGUAGCAGCAAUCGGUUUGGUCAAAGAAGCCAUCCUCGAAGCUCUUUCCAAACCACCAUCUACAGGAAGUCCAUCGAGCGUUUUCAGCUCACCAUUGUUCAUGCAAGAGCUCGGCUCCAUUCUAUUCCUGAGGCAGCCGAACAACUUGACAGCGCCUUUAGUAAAGUUCUUGGAGUCAUCGGAGCCAUUACGCCUGGUUGAGAGUCUAGGAUUGCUCUACGUGCUUCUACUGCGCGACGUCGGUAAUACGACUGGAGUAAGGGAACGUGGUUUCUUAAAGGAAGUACAAAGAACGCUGCUGGAUCCUUUGAAGCUCCAAUUGGAUUCGUGGGAGAAAGAAUUUCCUAGCCUUCCGGAUCUCGACCACGCAGAGAUGCAACUCGGUAUCAUAGACAUGUGGCUAGAUAGGAUUUCGUCUGCGAUCGUGGAUGUAUCGGGCGAAUCCAAUUGACUAGUUCUCGCUAUGCAUAUUUCGUACGUAGCGUGAUUUGGCAUGAGCUGGUUUCCGAUGGCCUUGACGGGCCCUCCAAAUCUGCGCUUGAGAUACGAUCUCAUGUGAUUCGGACUAUUAUCGGAGACACUGCCGAAUAUAGAUGGCCCUAACCACACGGGCCUUCUCGUAACAACCUUUUCCUAGACGUAACCGUUUUACUCGUAUUCGAGGUAUUUGGUUUCCACAU